AUGGCAGUCAUGCCGUGGCCAGAGGUGCUGCCCUUCCCCGCCCUGGACAAGAUCGAGUGCGCCGUCGGUGAGCACAGCGACAUGGUGGAGAACGGGAAGCUAGAUGAGGAGACUUGCACUAAGGAGGAGUUCGAGCAGACGGUGGCGGCCAAUUCCGGCUCCUUCUCCAGCCCGCUGCCGGAGGACAGGGCCGGGGCGCUCCAGACCAUGAAGGAGUUCCUGGCCGCGCUAGGGCCAGCGGGUCGGCAGGGACAGGUGCCGCCUCCAGGUGAUGGAGGGAGUCGGCAUCCUGAACUUCGAGCCCGUCGUGGGCAAGUUUUGAAAGGGGGUGCGAUGGGCCCUGGGGGGGGAACCGCUUCCGUCCCCUCCCCGACGUGGCUCGGGCCCCUUGGGUCCGUGGCCCUUGUGGGCCCCUCCUGGGCUGGUCCUUGGGGCCACGGCUGGGCCUCGGUGGCCUGGCGCGCCGCGGCGGGCGAUGGGUAG